AAUGCUAACUUUUCUCUUGUUCUCUAUUAACGUAUGGUACAUUUUAGGUUAAUUUUUAAUUUGCUCUGUGCUGGGUAUUUACACAUAUUAUAAUUAUUAAAAUAUGUAUGAAAAUUCUGUAUCCUUUUAUAGUCUUUCACGUGUAUUCUGUUGAACAAUCUGUUUUGUUGUAUGUAUGAAAUUUGUGUUUGUGUAACAAUGUUUGGUCGAUUUGUUAAAUACUCAGUGGACUAAAGUAAUGAAAUCAUGUUCAUUUUACUGAUUUCUGAGUCAUUUAUAUUUACAAAUAAACAUACUAAACUGUACAUCUUUUUUAUUGUCGUCGCCAUUUAAUCAAUAACUCAGCGUGUUCUCGCGUAUUUUUUGUUGCUCCUGUUUGUUUUUAUGUUUAUUUUAACCUGCGUGAGUUAAAUAUUUUCAUUCUGUCGUAUGAGCAAUUGUUGUAUCAGUCCUCCGAAGAUAUUCCUCAAGGUGUUUGUAUAGAUUUUUUUGCAGCUGCAUCAUUUACUCACGAAGAGAAGAUGUGUUAAAGGUUUUUAGCACUAUAGAAAUGGAUGUUGUCUUUUGCAUCAUUUUGCUUUCUUGCGUUGCCGUUCGUUCAGCAAUUGGUGGGGAAAGAAAGUCCUUUUGUAGCGAACGUUCGUCUAUUAAAUAUGCUACUAAAGGAUUACAACAACAGUACGCGACCAGUUUUGAAUGUCAGGGACAAUGUUACCGUAACAAUUGGAAUAUCGUUAUACCAAAUUGAAAACAUGGAUGACAAAAAUCAAAUGCUGACAUGGAGCUUGUGGAUACGACAGGUAUGGCUCGAUCGCAGGUUGAGUUGGCGACCAGCAAACUUUUCAUCAUUGAAGAAGAUCAACAUUCCCGUUAAAAGUGUUUGGCGUCCGGACAUCAAAGUUUAUAACGAAGUGAAUGCUGGGCUCACAAGUGGCCUUGAUCAAUUCAAAACCAGAGUCGUCGUACAUAAUAACGGCAGAGUGCAAUGGAUGGGACCGAUAAAUCUUCGUACGUCAUGUAAGAUGGAUAUGAGGAUGUACCCAUAUGAUGUUCAGACUUGUAGAUUGAAAGUUGGUUCUUGGAUGCAUCAUGGUUCUGAUCUGGAUGUUAAACCGGAGUCAUAUGUAAUGGAUAUUUCAAAGUCUGCAUCAAACCUUCUGUGGAAAGUUGUGGGCUCUAGAGUCGAACGCAACGUACAGUUCUAUCCAUGUUGCCUUGAACCUUUUCCUGAUGUCACCUACAUUGUGAAACUUGAACGACGAAGUAAAAGUUAUGGAUUAUAUUUCAUUUUUCCUGCGCUGCUUUUGUCAGCUUUAACCAUGCUGGCAUUUGUAACUACUGGCGAAAGGAUUGGACUUGUUCUCACCUCUCUGGUAUCAUUGUUUUUCUUUUUGAAAAUGGUGUUGGAACGAACACCACCAUCAGAUAGUAUUCCUAUACUUAGCAUCUAUUAUAUUGUACUUAGUAUUGAGGUUAUGUUAGUAAUCUAUGCUGUGUCGGUGACUCUAAAUGUGUGCUAUCGUCGAACAAAUUUAAACAUGAAUAAUUGUGUUGGUGCAACUGUAAUUGGAAAACUUGGAGGGCUAUGGGGUUUAACAGACGCUAGAAAUGAAGUACAGUUGAAGAUAGAACGUCUUGGCGCUAUAGUCCAAAAGACAGAAAACUUGUUAAGUCGUGGUAAUCCUAACGAACAAGAUGCUUCUCCUUCUGGUACACUAGAAAAUGUACAUUUUUGGAAAGAUGUCGAUAGGAAGUCAUGUUCUAUCGCAGCUGGGAAAGGUUUGUCUGCUACGUGUGCUGGAAUAGAAAUGUAUGUGGAUGUGGCUACGGAAGGUUUGUCUGAAAAUAAAAAUGGAUUAAAUGAGAGAAGUCGAUGUAAGCGAUGUAAGAAACACGGAAGCAUGAAAUGCUGUAAGAAGUAUUUUUACAAACUCAUAACUUUGGACAAAAAAUUAAUUUCCUUUAUUGGAACAAUUAAUUUUAUUGCCAGAAGUCGGGAUUGUCUAAUGUCUGUGAAUAAUUAUUGGUUGAUUGCUUCGUUCAUAUUAGAUAAAAGUUUGUUCAUUUUCUUUGUGUCUACAUUCGUGAUAAUGACAAUUUUGAUCUUUUUAAUUUGAAUUUCUAUUAUGUCGUGCUCAUAAGUGGUUGUCAUAAGAUUUGCUAUAACUUUUAUCUUUAUUUGUUAGAAUGUAAUUUCUUCAUUAAGAGAGACUGCAUCGUCUGUA